UCAAAGCUCGAGCGUUAUAGCAGCACAUCCUCGCGCCGGUCACUAGCCUCCAUAUCACUGCGCACCGUACCAGCGCGCGAGCUCCAGCGACACAGCGCACACUCGGAAUUUUGUUUUUCUUCACGGACCUAAACGUGAUUUUCUUGCUUUAAUUUCCUCAGAUAAUUUUAAACUGAACACGAGCGGUAUUUCUUUUUUGUACCAGCGGGACAGGCUCGGCGACACCGGGGCACAGAGAGGGGAUAAGAGCGAGGCUUCAAGCGUAUUAUAACCCAGGACACUGGACAGUAUUCCUGCACGAGAGGACGGUACUUUGGAUUACUUUGACACACAGUUUGGGACUGGAAUACACCACAAAUAUAACUGCAACAAUGUAUCUUAUGGUUCUCAGCAUUUCCUUUAGUGGGUAGUGCCUCACAUUUGCGCUGAGCGGAUGCGUGCACUUCUGUGCGCUUUGUGCAGAUUAUAGCUACGAGGAAAGCAGUAACCUGUAGCAGAAUAAGAGAUUCAAAUAUUUUAGGAAGCCUUUAUUUUAUUUAGAAAUAACCCCAACUUAUUGAUCACUGUCUUGGACCGAGCUCUGCGCCUUUUUGAACUCAGAGAAAGCUGUGAAGCCCCGAUCCAGUUCAGGAUGCAUCGCAGCUGAAACCACGAGUCCGGGACUUUGGUGUUGAAAUCAGAUCGGACGGAUAUCCACCUACAUCCUGGAACAGGACAGGAGCCGAAUCAUGAUGAGUCCUGGAGUUGCGAUGUUGAUCCUGCUGCCGGUGCUAUGCCUGCUCUCCGGAGCCUCCUGGGCAGCGACCCUGGGCGGGCUGGGAGACGCCAUUCUUGGACCAGAGAAGUUCAGCGGUGUAGCCAACUUCAGCACCUUCCUACUGGACCAUUUAUCAGGCACGCUGUUCGUGGGUGCCAGGGAUGCCAUACUGGCUGUGGACACCAAUAAAAUGAACCAACUACCACAAAAGAUUGUUUGGGAUGUGCCAGAGGAGAAGAGGAGGUCUUGUGUGGCAAAGGGAAAGACAGAGGUUGACUGCCACAACUACAUCCGUCUGCUGGAGUUUCUGGGCAAGGGACGCAUCUACGUGUGUGGCACUUACGCCUUCGACCCCCAGUGUGCCUUCCUGGAGCUCUCCUCCUUCACCCUGGAGAAAGCCGAGGAUGGAGGGGUGAAGAUGGAGACGGGGAAGGGCAAGUGUCCCUUUGAGCCCAGCCAGCACUACACAGCUGUUAUGGCAGAUGGUACCCUAUACACAGCAGCCACCAGUAACUUCCUGGGAACGCUGUUCGACAUCUCCCGGGCAACAGGCCCUGAGCAGGAGCGCAUCCGAACCGAACGAUCCAUCAACUGGCUGAGUGACCCAGAGUUUGUGAGCUCAGCCUUCAUAAAACAGUCUGCUGACAGCAACCCGACCGGAGACGAUGACAAAAUCUACUUCUUCUUCACUGAGGUGGCCAAAGAGUAUGACCUCUACACCAAAGUCAAAGUGCCCAGGGUGGCACGAGUCUGCAAGUCUGAUGUGGGAGGGAUGAAGACUCUGCAGCGACGUUGGACCACCUUCCUCAAGGCCGAGCUGGUGUGUGAGGACAAACCCAGCAGUCAGCGCUACAACAUCCUAACUGAUGUUUUCACCACGCAACACACACCAGGCGACCCCAGCAGCACACAUUUCUAUGGCCUGUUCACCUCCCAGUGGGAGCGUGAAGAGUUAUCAGCAGUGUGUGUUUUCAGUCUGUCUGACAUCAUCAAAGUGAUGGACGGUCCCUUUAAAGAGCUGAAGAAGACCUGCGAGAACUGGAUCAUCCCUGAACCUGUCCCUACACCAAGGCCUGGUCAGUGUUUGAACAAUGCUUUGAAGGACGAGGGGUUCGAGUCCUCCCUAAAACUUCCAGACAAGGUGUUGACAUUUGUGAGGGACCACCCCCUGAUGGAGAACAGUGUUACUGCAGCGCCCCUGUUGGUCCGGAAGGGAAUCCGAUACACCAAGCUGGCUGUAACGCAGACGGGCAGCAGAGAGGAGCGGAGAGGAGCAGUGCUGCACCUUGGAACAGACCGUGGGGAGCUCCACCGGGUGGCAGUAGUGGGCCAGAACGCCACCUUGCUGCAGGAGAUUCCUCUGUUCACCUCGCAGGAGCCUGUCAACAAUAUAUUACUGCACAAGAGUCAGGCCCUGGUGGGUAGCCCCCUGUCUCUGGCUCGAGUCCAGGCUGAAGGCUGCACUCUGUAUCCCAGCUGUGAGGUGUGUGCCAGAGCCAGAGGACUGGGCUGUGUGUGGAACACAAAGGAAGAAGCCUGCAGGCCCACAACAGCAGAGCCUGGUCCAGGUGAUAUAGUAGACGAUGCCUUGAGAAAGUGUGAUAUCGAAGAGGGGCGUUGCACCCCAUCCAUCAGGGAGCUGCAAGUUUUUAUGGGUCUGCGCCUCCUGUUGCCAUGUGUCCAGCUGUCUCCCAGGCCCUGUAGCUGGGAGCAUCCUCCCCACAGACACACCAGGCAGCACCACUCUGACCUGGAGGUGACUGUCACAGAGGACAGCCUGGGAAAAUACAUCUGCACAUGCCAGGAGGCGGGGCCAGGUAUCAGAGACCCCACCCCCUGCCGUAGAGCAGCCUAUCAGCUGACACUAGAAGGCCCCAGUGCUGGAGGAACAGUGGCGACAGCAGGAAGUCGUCACGUCCUGGCCAUCUACAUCUUUUUAUUCUGCAUGGGUUUAGUGUUAGGUGUACUUCUCGUCUACUUCGUGACCCGUCGGCGCAGCAUUAGCCACCAGGGCCAACACUUGCCAGAUAAUUCGCUGUCGUCAGAGAAGGGGCGGGACUUGCUGGGCUCCUCAGCCACGCCACAGUCCCCUAGCAGUGCCAGCCUGCUGUCCGAGGGAUUCAGAUUGACAGAAAAACGUAACGGGACAGCGACCACAACCACAACUACAACUCUCCUCAGCAACCAGGGUAAUGGUGGGCACAUUGGCAACAGCUACAGUGGCACCCUGAUCCACAGCAACUCCAGCAAUGGCCAUGGGAAUUCCCUGUACACCAACUGCAACACAAGUAGCAGCGGGCUGAAGUUUGCUGAAAUUUUAGCUGCUGACAUGCUGGAUGGAAGGACGGGGGAGAGGGACAGAGGGAGGCCCGAAGGGGUAAAGAGGGAGUCAGGGGAGGGGGACGAAGUGGAUGAGGGGCUGGGGGACGGGGUAGGGGAAGGGGAAGGGAUAAAAGAACUAGAGGAGUUGACUAGUUUUCCCAUGUUAAAAUCACCAGCCCCACUGGCUCAGUGUGAAGAAAGUUCGAUAUGAAAAGGUGAUAUUAAUAUACUAUUGAUUGCACCAUUUUGCAUCCUCCAAAUAAACUGAAUACUACUGGGAGAAAUGCAAAAUUGGAACUGCCAAAUGCCUUUGAAUGGGAGCUGUGGCAUGAAGAGAGACUAUAGAGAUAUAUAAUAAAUAUAUUAUCAGUUUAUGUCUAAGCAUGUGAGAGAGACAUUUGGUGAGAACUACGAGACAGAAAACAUAUUAGAGUGUUGUGAUUCACUCAGGAUGAGAACCACAAUAAUAAAUAAAUGUGUCGGAUGUAAAUAUAACAUGUAAAUAUAAGCAGUCUGAACAUGAAUGUGGACAUGGAGCUGAGUGUGAUAUUGCGCAAUUUAAAUGUUAUAAAGAAUCAAAGAUGAAAUGUCUACAUGUGUAGACAUGGAAAAGCCAUAUUGUCUUUCUCCUUAACUUCUGUUGUAGUUUGCUCUCUCAUUCUCUUCUCUUGAUGGCACUGCAAAAGAAAAGUGCACUUCUCCGUCUCUCAGCACCUCGCUCUGUCUCUCUAUUUCUAUUUCUCUCUUUGACACACCACUCAAAUCCCAGACUUUGAUGGAUGCAAAGGCACCAAAGGGCCGCUGAGCCAUAGAUUGCCCAUUCAGACUGCACUGGUCCUGGGCUUCAAAAGAGAGAUGUCACUGUCAGAGACUAAAGAACCAUAAAUGCACUGCAGCACCGUCAGAUGGACUACAGUGAUCAUGACGGGGGUGUCCCCGCCUACACUCCUGCAGAGGUCAACAGGGUGAAAGGGUUGAUGCUCACCUAUCAGAUAUGUGUCAGUGUGGAAAGCUCAAGAUGCACAGCAGAUACAAGUAACUGUUCACAUUCACAUUACUGAGACAGAAGGCAAAUUCAAAGGAUGUGAAAUUAAUUUCAGCCUCACGGAAUGGACCUUGACACAAAGACACAAUCACCUCGUUUUGAGUGUGGAUUUCAACAUAAAAAUGUAUUGUUUUUGUCAUGUUGUUUUGUAAUAAAGCCUAAAAAAGUUGCUGUUAA